AUGGAAUAUUGUGGUGGUGGCGAUUUGGGUUCAUUCAUCAAACAUUACGGCUCAUUGCCUGAAGUUGUUACACGUCGUUUUUUUCGUCAGUUAGCCUCAGCAAUCCAGUAUAUGCGAGCAAUGAAUGUGGCGCAUAUGGAUCUGAAACCACAAAAUAUUUUACUUACUAACCGACAUAAACCUUCUCUCAAGGUGUCGGACUUUGGUCUUUCUCAGUACUUGAAGAAGAAUGAACGGGCGUCAUCAUUCCGUGGCUCGCCUCUUUAUAUGGCACCUGAAAUUUUUUGCCGAGAAUCAUAUGACAGUCGUGUCGAUCUGUGGUCAUGCGGUAUUAUUCUCUAUGAAUGCUUAUAUGGCGUGCCACCUUUUACCGCCCACACAUAUGGUGAACUCGUGGAACAAAUUUUGUCGCAGCAGUCCAUAAAUUUUCCGGUGAAUGUGCGCAUUUCGUGUGUUUGUCUUGACCUUUUACAAGCUCUGCUCGUUCGUAAUCCCUACGAUCGCAUUACGUUUGAACGGUUUUUUGCGCAUCCAUUUGUGAAUCUAACAAAAUUGCCUUCCUCUGCUGAGCUAGAUAAAGCUGACAGUUAUGUUAAGAAGUCACAGCAAGCCGAAUCUGAAGAUAAUCUAGCUGAAGCGACAAAAUUAUUGUCAAAAGCCGUGCAAAUCUACAUUCACUGUUUGGAAUUGUUCGAUGAGGGUGAAGAGAAAGUAAAAUUUCGCGAGAAAAUUAAAGCGUAUUUGGAACAUGCUGAAAAUAUGAAAGAACGUCUACGACCUGUUAUUGAGGAACUCCCUCUAUCGCGAUCACUUGAUCAAACAGAAUGGAAUGAUUGGCCUCAGGUUCGUGCUGCAGACAUAAUAGCACACACGGCACAUGAGUUGGAACGUCAGGAGCAGUGGAACGAGGCACUAGCGAAGUACACACUGGCAAUUGAAAGUGCAAUGCGUGUUUUAAGUAAUGAAAAUCGUGGUACAGAGCGUUCCAUCAAAUUACAACGUAAAGUUUCCAGGUGGUUGUCCGCAGCGGAGCGAAUAAAAAGCUAUGUGCAAGUUAUGAAUGACGAUUACGAAAUUUCGAUGGACAAUGCUGAUGAAGCUGAGAAACAGCUCAACCAACUUACUGCAAACAAGCAAUGUAUAGUAUCAUAA